GGUGCACUGGCUAUUCGACUUCAACAACAAUCCAGAACAGAUCAUCAACUCUUCAUUUGAAAACAUUCAUAAACUAACCGCAAAACUCAUUUCAAGAUGUCAAAACCAAUGUCAGAUUCAGAAGUGAUCUCAGAGAUGAAGAAAUUAGUCGCAUUCAUUAAACAGGAAGCAUUAGAAAAAGCAAGAGAGAUCAAAGUUAAAGCAGAUGAAGAAUUUUCAAUCGAAAAGGCUAAGAUUGUUAGACUUGAGAGUGCAGGUAUUGAUACGACUUAUGAAAAGAAGAGAAAACAAGUAGAAAUUCAAAAACGAAUUACACAAUCUACUCAAACUAACAAAGCAAGACUUCAACAACUUCAAAUUAGAGAUGAACUUUUACAAAACGUAUUCGAAGAUGCUAAAAAAGGAUUAAGUGAUGUUACUAAAGAUAGUAAAAAGUAUAGUGAGAUUUUAGAAAAAUUGGUUUUACAAGCACUUUUUUCUUUAAUGUCAAAAGAAAUUACUGUUUCGAUUAGAUCUCAAGAUAAACAAUUAGCAGAAAAAGCCAUUUCACAAGCUGUUAAGAGUUAUAAAUCGAUUUCUGGUCAAAACUGUGUUCCAACCAUCAAAGAAGAUGUACCGAAAGAUUCACGAGGUGGUGUAAUAGUUUGGGGUUAUAACAAUCGAAUCAAAGUUGAUAAUACUCUAGACGAACGCUUAAGAUUAUUAGAAGAAAAGAUGUUACCUGAGAUCCGUAUCACACUUUAUGGUAAGAAUCCCAACCGAAAGCAUGAAACUUGAGAAGAACUUGGAAUAUUUAUCUCAUCAUAUACAUAUGCAAGAUCAUCAGGGUAACUGAGAAGGUGGAGGUCAAGGGAUAGAAUGGACUCGUAAAAAGAGUUCAAGUUUUCAGUUACGACUUUGAAUUUAUCACAUCUCAAUCCUUGAUUUGAAUCGUAGCAUAAUGAUCUUCUUUUUUGCUUUUGUCUUGCUCUGGUUGAAAUUUUUCAAUUUUCUAAUUUCAUUUUCAACCUCAUCAAAUCCUUUUUUCUCAUAGAAGGACGUAGCUUUUUCUGUCCUUUUCUUUUCUAUCCUUCAAUUGUAAAUUGUAAAAAUCAGUACUUCUUGACUGAAAUAAUUUCAAUCAAACAAGUACAACCUUUUUUUGACUGUAAAUUGCGUUUUAAUCACUUGUUUGCAAUUGAGAGAGUUCUUGUUACCAUUC